CCUCUCUGCUUUUUCCUUUUAACGGAUCUGCUGACAGUUCAGGCUUAGUCAAAGUGAGCCUGCUUUUGCAUAGUUUGGAAUAAGAAAUUCACAGCAUGCAAUAUGCUUUUUUCUCUGUCUUGGUUUCACUUCUGAGUUUCUUGGAACUGGUUCCUAGUAGGCGGUGUUAUCUUACAUAAACAGCAUCUGCAUCCUUCACAUCUCUUUAAGCUGAGAUGUCUCCUCAGCAGAGGUGCAUGACAAUGAGAGCUCUUGGCUUACAAUUUUUCAUCUUUGCAGCAUACUUCAUGUCUCCAGCUGAAGGCCAACAGAUAAAGUCUAUGCGAUGCGACCGGAAAGUUAAGUUUAUGCAGAAAACACCUUGUACCUCUUGCAUGUUAGCGGACAAGGUGCCGUGCCCAACUGGCUGGCAAAAACCACUCCAGCAUAAAGAGAAGUGCAGAUACAUAGUAAAACUGGAUGAGAAUAUUCUUUCACUAGAAGGUUGCAAUCUUGUGUGUAUAAAAGAAACUGAAGAGAAACAAUGCUGUCCUGGAUUCUGGGGUUUUGAAUGCUAUGAAUGCCCUGGUAGUUCUCAAAAUAUAUGCAAUGGUCAUGGGGUGUGUUUAGAUGGCAUGGCACAGAACGGAACUUGCAUCUGUGAGAGGAACUAUGGUGGAUACGCAUGCCAAGAAUGCCGAGAUGAGAAUCAUUUUGGGCCUGAUUGUCAAUCUGAAUGUGAGUGCCAGCACGGAACCUGCAACCAUGGACCCUCUGGGGAUGGAAGCUGUACUUGCUUUCCCAACUACACUGGACGAAAGUGCGACCAGGAACUUCCUGAUUGUGGAGCUGGAAGCUGUGAAGCCAAUUCCCUUUGUGUAGUGAAAGAUGGGCAGGCAAAGUGUGAAUGCAUCCCAGGCUACAGGAAAAAUGGGCCUCACUGUCAAGCCCAGAAUCCCUGCAGCUCCUCCCCAUGCUCCUCACUGGCUGUUUGCAAGACUCUUGGACCAACCAAAUAUGAAUGUACUUGCAUGGAGGGGUAUCAUGGAAACGGGAGAGUGUGCCAAGCUAUUAAUCCCUGUUUCAUUGAUAAUGGAGGCUGCCCUGCAAAUUCCACUAUAUGUAGGUUUGAUAGUAUAGGAAAGGCACGGUGUGAGUGUAAACCUGGAAUGUCUAGGAAGAGAAUGGAAUUGAACAGAGGAAUGGGUUGCUUAUCCAAUGCAUGCCAAACACACUACUGUCACAGAUCUUCCACAUGUGAAAUAGGCCCUGACGGGACGCCCAGAUGCGUCUGUCAAGAUGGAGAGAUUGGAGAUGGCACCUCUUGUUUUGGAACCAUCUUGAAGCAAAUCACUCAGUUGGACACACAAGGACAACUUUUUGGGACACUAAAAAGUGCAAAGAGCAUGUUUGAGUUGGGUUGUUCAGUAUUCCUGGAAAAAUAUGGACCUUUUACAGUGUUUGUGCCAUCCCUUCUUCGUUUUGAAAGUAAAAUCAAUUUCAAUGUUACAUAUGCACAGAAUUUAUGCAAAAUGCACAUAAUACCUGGACAACAUUUGUUGAGUGAUAUGACCAAAACCAAAGAGCUGUGGACAUUGUCUGGCCAUAAAGUAACCUUCAAUGAUGAGAGGUUACGAUCCAGUGGAUUCAACACUUUCAGAUAUUCAGAUAUCCCAGGAGAGUUGUAUACCAUCAAAAAGCCAAACGUUCCAGCUGCUAAUGGGAUUAUACACAUUGUCAAUACCUUCAGGAAAAAACCCAUGGAAGAGAUUGGAAACUCAGAGAAAACAGUUACAGAGAUUCUAGCUUCAAUGGAGAUUGCCAGCCGAUUUCAAACUAUUUUGGAAAAUUGUGGUCUGCCCUCAAUUUUAGAAGGCCCUGGACCUUUCACUGUGUUUGUACCAAGUAAUGAAGCUGUGGAUAAACUGAGAGAUGGAAGGCUAAUUUAUCUCUUCACAGAGGGAAUAAACAAGCUUCAGGAACUUGUGAAACACCAUAUCUACUCAACAGCAGCGGUACAAGUGGGAGUACUGAUAGGGAUGCCUCAUAUUCUGACAAUGGCGAAUCAGAUCCUGAAAAUCCGUGUCAGUGAGGAUGGAAGAAUUCUGAUGGGUGACUCAGAAGUUGCGAUAAAUAAAAGGAACAUCUUGGCAUCAAAUGGUAUCAUUCACACCUUGGAUGGCAUAUUCAUCCCACCAUCGAUAGUCCCUAUUUUGCCACAUAGGUGCAAUGAACAAAGUUACAAAAUUGUAGAGGGAUCUUGUGUGGACUGCGAUGCCCUUAAUACUAGUGUUUGCCCACCUCAGAGCCAAGUUGUGGCUCAUGAGGUCUUUCCAGGGGACUGUGUUUACAUCCAUGAUCCCUUAGGUUUGAACAUGAUGAAGAAAGGUUGCAACAAGAAAUGCAACCAAACUAUUGUGACGCCUGGUUGCUGCAAAGGCUUCUUUGGUCUCUCUUGCACUCCAUGUCCUGGUGGAUUUACCAAUCCUUGCUAUGGCAGAGGAAAUUGUUCUGAUGGGAUUCGAGGGAAUGGCCAGUGUCUCUGCUCUGAGAAUUUUAAAGGGGUUGCCUGCCACAUCUGUACAAACCCAAACAAGCAUGGAGAGAACUGUGAUGAAGAUUGUGGCUGUGUCCAUGGGAUUUGUGACAACAGACCAGGAAGCAAGGGAGUGUGCCAGACUGGGACAUGUAAGGCUGGAUACACAGGGGAGUUCUGUGACAGGAGUAAUCUGAACUGCAAUACAUUUGGUGCCUCCUUGUCCUGUCAUGUGAAUGCAGUUUGCAGCCUGAAUGACACUGCAAGGUGCAUUUGUGUUGAUGGAUAUGAAGGGGAUGGGUUUUCCUGCAAGCCCAUUGAUGCCUGCAGCAAGCCAGAACGGGGAGGCUGUUCAGAAAAUGCCAUUUGUACCAGUACAGGUCCUGGCACAGCAACGUGCCAAUGUAACAGGGGUUGGAGUGGGGAUGGAAAGGCCUGUGUUGCCAUAGAUUACUGCGUACUGGAGACCAGGGGAGGCUGCCACAUUAAUGCUGACUGUAACUAUAUUGGCCCCGGACAGAGCAGUUGUAUAUGCAAGAGAGGUUAUGCGGGAGAUGGCUACACCUGUGACCCCUUUGAUCCUUGCGCAAAGAACAAUGGUGGCUGCCAUGAAUUGGCUGUGUGUCAGACUCUCAGUACUGGAGAGAAGGUUUGCCAGUGCUCUGAAGGAUACAUGGGAAAUGGAAUUCUCUGUUAUGGUGAUAUAAUGAAGGAGUUAGCAAGGAACUAUCACUUUUCUACAUUCUUGGCGUGGAUUCAGAAAUCCCUCUUCAGCAUCCCAGAAGGAGGCAAUGUCACUGUUCUAGUGCCACUGAAAGAAGCCAUCCAAAAUCUGAGCAAAGCUGAAAAAGAUUUCUGGUUAAAACCCGACAUGCUACCAUCUCUAGUCAGAUCCCACUUUCUCCAGGGCUCUUUUGCUACUGAGAAACUCAAGAAUUAUGUGGGCCAGAAACUAUCUACUCUUAAUCCACGGAUCAAGUGGAUGAUAAACAAUAGAAAUGGGGAUAUCGAAAUUCAGAAUGCAAGCAUUAUAUGGGGUGGCAUCCCUGCUAUCAACAGCACUAUUUAUAUCAUUGAUAAGGUUUUAUUACCAUCAGUUGACAUCCCACCAAGUGCUCCUAGUCUACAGCAGCAACUUAGCACGGUACCUUCCUUCAGUAGGUUCAAAGAGCUACUAGAGCAAUACCAGUUGAUUGGACAGAUUGAAUCAUCUGAAAAAUAUACUAUUUUUGUCCCAGGAAAUAGUACAAUUGAGAAAUAUUGCCAGGCAUCUAAUAUUACACAACUGGAUAAUGAGACCAUACAGUAUCAUAUCAUACUUGGAGAGAAACUUUUACCCCAAAACCUGAAAAGUGGAGUUCACAAACCCACCAUGUUAGGAAUAUCCUACUGGCUGAUGUUUUACAAGAACACAACUGAGGCAUAUGUAAACAAGGUCUUCUUGAAUGGCCAGUUUCUUGAAACAAGAAAUGGGAUUUUGAUUAGCAUUUCUCAAGUUCUACAAAUUCAGAAAAAUCGUUGUAAUACAAAUACCACAACAAUACAAAAGUCCAGGUGUGCUAAGUGUGACAGAAAGAUCAAGUGCCCAGCAGGAUCAGUGCUUGCAGAAACACCAGGGAAAGGUACUCUUCCUCACUGUCAGUACAAGUCUGGAACCAUGAAACUAGUUGGCUGUCAAUUCACUUGCGUCAAAGUUUCAUUAAUCUCUGUCUGCUGCCCAGGCUAUUAUGGACAUAUGUGUGAGAUGUGUCCAGGAGAACCAGGCAACUGGUGUUCUGGAAGUGGAGUGUGUCAGGAUGGGCUUGAUGGCAAUGGAGAAUGCCAGUGCCAAGAAGGUUACCAUGGCACUGCCUGUGAGAUGUGUCAGCCAGGGAGAUAUGGAGCUAACUGUACAUUAGAAUGCAGCUGCAAGCAUGGGAAAUGCAAUGAUGGGUUGCUGGGCAAUGGAAGCUGCAUAUGUGAUCAUGGCUUUAAGGGGCCCAGUUGUGAUCAAGAAAUUGGAACUGAUCUCUGUAAUCACAUGUGUGAUGAGCAUGCCAAUUGCAUCAAUGACUCUACUGUUUCCCAACCCACUUGCUUCUGUUCAGCGGGAUAUACUGGGAAUGGAACCUAUUGUACAGAAAUAAACCCCUGUGAAGUGGGUAAUGGUGGCUGCUCUGCAUAUGCCAACUGUAAUAAAGUCGGGCCUGGGGAAAGAACCUGCAGUUGUCAAGAUGGCUAUGCUGGAGAUGGAACUGUGUGCCGAGAAAUUGAUCGGUGUCUAGAGAAUAAUGGAGGAUGUCAUCAAUAUGCAGAAUGUGUUAAAACGGGUCCAGGUUUGGUUUCCUGUAACUGCCUUCCCAAGUACAGUGGCAAUGGUACAGAAUGUGAACCCAUUAAUCCUUGCAAGGAGGACAAUGGAGGCUGCAGUCCACUGGCUGUCUGUCUUAAAACCCGUGCUGGGAAUCGAACCUGCAUCUGUUUGUGGGGUAGUGGAGAUGGAUUUACAUGCACAAGGACUGUCUGGCAGGAACUUGUUGCAAGAGAAGGUGCAUCAGAAUUCUUUUCAUAUAUGAAAACCCACGAUAUUACCGAGGUGAUGGGAUCUGGACCAUACACUGUUUUUGUCCCCCAUGCUGACUACCUGCAGAACAGCACUACACUUUCAGAAUGGACGAGGAAAGGCACCAUCCAAGAUUUGCUUCGUUAUCAUGUAGUCACCUGCCAACUUCUACAAUCUUAUGACCUGGAGUCACAAAAUUCGAUUACAGCUUUAUCAGGACACACAAUAAAGGUUUCUAUGAGAGAGAACAGUGUGUAUCUAAAUGAUAAUGCAAAGAUAAUUGAAAGUGACAUUACUGGAAAAAAUGGUGUUAUACAUUUUAUUGACAAGAUCUUAAUGCCAUAUAACCUACAGAAUUACAACAUUUCAUCCAAUUUAUCAGAGAAAUCCAUCACAGAGGUUGCAGAGGCUUAUGGAUACAAAAUGUACAGUAAGCUUCUAAAGGAAACAGGACUCCUUAGUGUGGUGAACAACACCUUUCAUCAGCCCUUCACCAUGUUGUGGCCUACAGAUACUGCAUUUAAUUCCCUUCCUACCAAUAUGCAAAAAUGGCUGUAUCAUAAAGAACACCAGAGCAAGCUGGUUGCUUAUCUUAAAGGACACAUGAUCAGGGAUAUGCAGGCAUUAGCUUCCAGGCUAACAGAAUCGCCUCCUUUGAGGACUCUUCAUGGCUCAACAAUCUCAUUUGGCUGCAGCAAAACAAAUGCAGGAGACAUUCUAGUGGACAAUGGCAAUGCAAGAAUUGUACAGAGGUAUAUGCAGUUUAAUGUCGGCAUUGCUUAUGGUGUUGAUAAGCUACUGGAACCUCCUGACUUGGGAUCCCGUUGUGAUGAAUUUCAUACUGUUGAAAUUUUAAAUGCUUUGUGUGGAGCCUGUGGCUUUGAGCAUCCUUGUCCUCCUGGAUCAGUUGAGGCGGGAGAAAGCCAGAGUUGUUUGUAUUUUGGAGAUCCAGUGUUUAGCAGUCCACGGUAUAAUCAUUUUGAAAGCAGCUAUUUCCCAAUACCAUCUUCGCAAAGGCGGCUUGCAUCUGGUGGAUUUCAGAGGUACAGAUGGAAGCCUCUGAAAAGGUCUUUGAUAAAGGGAUGCAAGAGAACAUGCUUUGCCACCAAGUGGGUUCCCCAGUGCUGUGCAAACCACUAUGGAAGAAAUUGCCAUGUGUGUCCUGGAGGGCUUGAGGCUCCGUGCAGUAAUCGUGGUACAUGUGACGACGGGCAGGGAGGCUCUGGGCACUGCAAGUGCAGUGCAGCUUUCAUUGGGACAUCUUGUGAGCACUGCACCCCUGGCCGCUAUGGGCCAGAGUGCAAAGAGUGCCAUUGUACAGAGAAUGGGAUAUGUAACGAAGGGCUUCAUGGAGAUGGCUUCUGCUUCUGCACUGCAGGAUGGACAGGAGAACGCUGUGAAACAGAAUUAGCUGAGGUGCCUACAUGUUCUCCAUCCUGUCAUCCUAAUGCUGUCUGCCGAGCUAAUAAUAUCUGUGAGUGCAAACUGUACUACGAGGGAGAUGGAAUGACGUGUACAGUGAUCGACCAGUGUGGGAAGGACAAGGGUGGCUGCAGUGACUAUGCCAAUUGCACCCAGAUUGGAACUAGUGUUUCCUGCAGCUGCUUCUCAGACUAUGAGGGUGAUGGCUAUGUCUGCAGCCCUAUUGACAGAUGUGCAGAUGGAAAUAAUGGAGACUGCAGUGAGCAUGCCACAUGUAUCAGCACUGGCCCCAAUUCCCGACGGUGUGAGUGCAAGCCAGGUUAUGUUGGCAACGGAAUCCAGUGCUUAGAGGAAGCCAUCCCUCCCAUAGAUCGUUGCUUGGAAGAGAACGGGCAGUGUCACUCUGAAGCUGUUUGUACUGACCUGCAUUUCCAUGACAAAACCGUUGGUGUCUUCCAUCUGCAGUCUCCAAAAGGAAAAUACAGCUUCACAUAUCAAGAGGCUGAAGCCGGCUGUACAGCUGAGGAAGCUACAGUGGCCACUCUUCAGCAGCUGUCAGCUGCACAGCAGAUGGGUUUCCAUCUGUGCAUAGUAGGUUGGCUUUAUAACAGAACUGCAGGCUACCCAACAGUGUACCCGAGUAAGAAGUGUGGUGGGCAACAUGUGGGGAUUGUGAAUUAUGGUUUUCGAAAUAACAUCACUGAGAAGUGGGAUGCCUACUGCUACAGAGCUCAAGAUGUGCGCUGUAGCUGUAGAAAUGGAUUUAUUGGAGAUGGCUAUACCUGCAUAGGGAAUCUUUUGGCUGUGCUGGGCCAAUAUGCAAAUUUCUCACUCUACUAUUCUAUGUUACUGGAUUAUGCUAAUUCGACUGAGGAUGGAGCCAAUUUUGUUGCUUUUCUGUCCACAGAUAGCACUUACAAAACCGUUUUUGUGCCCAUGAACUCUGGCUUCAGGGACAAUACAUCUUUAACACUGUCCGACUUGAAACUUCAUGUAUCUACAAGUGAUAUCUUCCUCUGGGAUGUCAAUCUCACGGCUGGCACCAUUAUACCUUCUCAAGCAGGAUUUAACCUUUCCAUCACAAAUUCUGUGAACAACACCCAAUUCCCUGAUUCUAAGAUGGUAAAUAAUACAGUGAUAGUUGAAUGGGAUAUUCUGGCCUCCAAUGGAAUUAUUCAUGCUAUUGAGACACCUUUGAUGGUACCUCUUCAACCUCAGCUGCCCAAGCAGGUUACGAGUCCUGUAAAACCAUCUGGUGCUGUGACAAUUGGUGUGAGCAUAGUUGCCGUAGUGGUGCUAUGUGCAGCUAUCGCUGUAGUGUCCUACUAUUACCUCAAAAGAACGAACCAAAGAUUCCAGUUUCGCUACUUUAAGGCUGAGCUGGAGGAUGAAGAGCCUUCUUGGGAGGAAAGGAGUCCACACUUGGUUUCCAUUCCAAAUCCUAUUUAUGGGACAGACAGCUCAAUCUAUGAGCCAUUUGAGGAUUCCCUUCAAGCAGAAGACCUUUCAGAUACUCAUGGAAUUCUUGGCCAUUACUAAGGAUCCUGUUCUGGGCUGCACUAUAAAAGCAGGAAACACUGUUCUAGAAGGUUGGCUGUGCAGAAGAAACCAAGCGUAAUCAUUGGUUCUUAUAGACUGCUAAAUUGUCUUGUUUUUCCAUGCAGUGGAGAGAAAUUGAGAUGUGGUUUUUGGAUUAAUUGAAAAAAAGGUUUCAGAUACCUCAGUCCCAGUCUUCCUUUUAAAUUCACGAAUGGGGAAUCAGGAUCCCAAGAGCCUCCUGCACUUGUCAGGGGACAUUUGCAUUUUUCUACUCUGAAUGCACCCUCUCAUGUGUGUUUUGGAAGCCAAAGAAAUGACUUUUCAGAUGAAGCUUCAAUAGAAAGGGGAAAGGCCUGAUGAAAAGUCAUGUUGUAUACACAUGCUCCUUUGGAUUGUGCCUACAAAACUACAAGUAUAUACUUAGGGAACAUCAAGACUCAUGAAUGUGUUUUGGACAGUGGAUAAUGUGGGGAUCUUCAGUGGGCCAAUAAAACCUUGAGUUCAGAAGUAGAAAGUUCUAUAAUUUUACUCUGAAACUGCACUACUGAGCCUUCUGUUGAUACGUUUUAAUGUUACUUUAAAUAACUGAAAUGAUUAUGCUACCUGAAAGUAUAGGUGGAGCCUGGUUUGUAAUCUUACUGAUUAUAUGUACUGUUUUGAGAAUUUCAAAUGUUUGUAAAACAGAAAAGGCAAGCAAGUCUUGCCAGCCUGAAUUAAACUUCUGAUUAGUUUCAGUCUA